CCGGACCCCCAGAGCCGGGACAGGCUGCUGGCGGGAGGGGCUGCCAGCAGCAUGCAGGGGACACGGUCCGGACCCCCAGAGCCGGGACAGGCUGCUGGCACCCGCACCACCGCCGGGCAGGGAGCGGCCGGCGCGGCUGAACAUUAACCCCGGGCGGUGUCCGGGGCUCCCUGGCAAUCCCAACCCCAGAAACACCCGCCAUGAGGGGGCUCCGAGCCCGCUACCAGCUCCUGCCCGACCAGGACGAGGAGCUGCCCGCGGGACGCGAGGAUCCGGCCGGAGAAGGGCAGCGGGGCCGGGAGGGAGCCGCAGCAGCCGCCGAGGAGGAGGAGCCCUGCCCGCUGGUGCUGAGCGCGCCCAGCAGCAUCCUGCGGGACCGGGAGAUCGGCCAGCUGGGCCCGCAGCUGCCCCCGCGGCUGUGGCAGCGGCCCUGGCGCCUGCUCUACUCCACGGCCCGCGACGGCUUCAGCCUGCGGACGCUGUACCGGAGCGGGGCCCGGCCGGACUGCCCGGCCCUGCUGCUCAUCAGGGACACGGAGGCGCAGGCCUUCGGUGCCUUCUCCGCCAGCGCCAUCCGCAGCAGCAGCGGCUUCUACGGCACCGGGGAGACCUUCCUGUUCUCCUUCUGCCCCGAGCUGAAGGUGUUCAGGUGGACGGGCAGGAACAACUUCUUCGUGAACGGGGAUGUGAAUCUUCUGAUGGUCGGUGGGGGCAGCGGGAGGUUCGGGCUGUGGCUGCACCGGGACCUGCACCGCGGGGGCAGCCAGCGCUGCGACACCUUCGACAACGAGAGCCUCGCACGCCGGGAGGAGUUCUGCAUCCAGGACCUGGAAGUGUGGGGACUGGCCUGACCCCAGCAAAGACACAGGAGGAAAAAGGUGACUGGACUGAUGUGGAGCACAGCUGUUCCCUGGCAGCCUUACCCCUCCUCCUUUCACCUGUUCCCAAUAAUAUCCCGAUUUCAUGGGGGAAGAACAGCCAGUGGGAUUGGAAAGAACAGCAGUGGGGUCUCAGGCCUGCAGUGUUGCUGCCGUGUGUCUGGGCAGCCCAGAGUGUGUGCAGUGGCAUAAAAGCUAAAACCCAAGGCAUCAUUUGCACAAUUAACCCUAAACCUUACUGCAACCCUAAUCCCAAACCCAACCCACGUAGCUGGGAUGAGGCAGAGCUGCCCCAGGAACAGGGCACGUGGCAGAGCUGGACAUGGAAGCUUCAAGAGCUUGUAGGACUGAGCAAGCCCAGGCAGCCUCUGCCCUGGGGCAGCUCUGGCAGUGCUGGGGUCAGCACAGUCACCAUUCCUCAAUAAACCUCUCCUGGCCUCA